AUGGAAUGUGCGUAUAUCCCUAUCAAAAAUAUUACAACUUAUACAUCUAACUGGACUAUUUUAGCCAGGAUUAUCGAUAAGUCCCCGCUAAAGUCCAUCAAGAGUGAUAACAGCUUUAUGUCUAUUGACAUUAAGGACAAAAAUGGAGAUACAAUUCGCGGAAAAUUUUGGGGAGUGGCUGCUACCAAAUGGGAUGACAUACUUCAAAAGGGAAACGUUUAUACAUUUUCCAAAGGCUCGGUAAAUCUGGCUAAUAAGAAAUUCAAUAAUACUCCGCAUAAUUACGAACUUACCUUUAACAUUGACAGUCAAAUUGAACAAGCUGAUGACAUAGGUGACAUUGAUAACGAGAGAAAUUAUAAUUUUGUAACAUUGAGAGAAAUAAAAUCCACAGCCCGUGAGUCACCCUUUAUGGUUGAUAUUCUUUGCUUUGCAAAAUCCAUAAGUCCAAUAUCUAUGACUUCGACAAAAUUCUCCAAGGAAAUGAAAAGAAGAACACUGCAUAUUGUAGAUGAUAGUGGAUAUGAACUAGAAAUUACUCUUUGGGGUCAAAUGGCUGAAUUGGAGCUUCUAGAUGAUAUUCUAGAUAAACCGCUUAUAGUAUCUCAAAUAACUAUCAAAGAAUGGAAUGGUGGUAGAUAUGGUCAAAGUAGUCUAGCAUCUGAUAUAAAGAUUGCUAAUCAGCAAAAUGUUAGAGAUAAAGACAAACUAUCAAACUUAGAAACGUGGUACCAUCAGGCUCUCUCCCAAAAUGAAAUAUUUAAGAGCUUAAAAUCUCAAUCAUCUAUAUCAAAUAAGGAGACAUAUGAAUUUUCGAAUAUAGAAAAAAUCAAUAGCAAAACUAAGGGGGGCUACACAUUCAACUGUAAAUUAAGAAGGAUCUUUUGGAAAAAUAAAGAUGGAACUACCCGCCUUUGGUACCAAUCUUGCCCUAUGUGUUUUAAGAAAGUUAUAAUUGAUGAAGAUAGCAAUAUCUACAGGUGUAUAGCGUGUGAUGAUGCUGUCGUUACUCCAGUCCUGAGAUUUUUGUUCACAUGUCUAUUCAUAGAUUACAGUGGCCAAAUAAUAUGCAAUAUAUACGGAGAAAAUGGAACUAAAUUGAUUGGAAUGACAGAACAGCAACUUGAUGCUUUGGACAAGGAUAAGCUCAAAAAUGCUUUGGACUUCGUGGCUACCCACAAGGACUUUAAAAUUAGUGGAUUCUACAAGUCUAAAACAUACAAUGGCGAGGUUAAAAACACGUUCAAUGUUACAAACAUUGAGCUGGUUAACCAUAUAGAUGAAGCCAAUAUGCUGCUUGACAAGAUGCAAAUCACUUAUGACUCUGUUCUAAAGUUUUUGGAGAUAAAAUCUGAUGAUGGAACCAUAGAAAGUGAACCUAAGAGAACUAAGAGUAUCGAAUGA